GUUAUUAGUCAUUCAAGCAACACCAUGUGCAAACAACUCUUAAUUCUCUUCACUUUUUCCAUCUUCGCUCCAAGUAAGUCACAGUUCGACUUUCUGAAAAACCUACAACCACCCCAACCUCCAACGCUGCCCACUUUGGACGCCUUCCUCUCGCAACUUUUCGACGUGACUUCCAACGAAAUCAAAAACCUAGCUGACAACUUCAACUUCCACGACGUCUCCCAUAAAGACAUAACAUUUAUCCUGCACCUUCCAAAAAACAAAACCGUUAUCCUCGACCCUAAGAAACCCACAAUCGAGGCAACCAAACCCACGAAAAUCAUCGUCCAUGGAUGGCAAGCUUCUGGUACUGAUGAGAAGAACAGCGAAUUGGCCGAAACGUAUCAUAAGACUGGUGACUACAACGUGAUCGCAGUCGACUGGUCCGAACACGCGAAAAAGGUCUACGUCCACGCUUCGAGCAGCACCAAGGACAUUGGACACGUGAUUGGCGACUUUAUCCUCGAAAUAACCAAGAAAGACCCGAAAUUGUUGGAGAAUAUCCACAUUAUUGGCCACUCCCUCGGCGGUCACGUGGCCGGAUUCGCCGGCAAGCGAGUGGCCGAGAAGACCGGGAGGAAAGUGGGGAGAAUCACCGGAUUGGAUGUGGCGGCACCCAUGUUUGAAGUACCGGUUAAAAGAAGUACCGACUCAAUGUUGAACAAAGAUGACGCCGAAUUUGUUGAUGUGAUACACACAAAUGCCGGGUUUUUGGGGGUGAGUGAUAAUAUAGGUUCUGCUGAUUUCUAUGUCGAAAAUGGGGGGCCCAUACAACCCGAUUGCUUUGAUCCAGUCAAUAUUUUUGAAUCUUUUGGUUGUAGUCAUUUUAAGUCAUUUGAGUACUACCUUGAGUCCAUUUCUGGGAAAAAAUAUGAGGCGGUUUCGUGCCGAAAUUCCAUAGAGUACCACAUUUUGGCUUGUAAUAAGAACCGGAAGGUGAUUAUGGGUGAAAAAGUGCCCAAAGAUGCCUAUGGAGCUUUUUAUCUGGAAACUGGUUCACCUUUACCAUACAGUAAACUCUUUGAGGGACUACCGAAAAUUCGGAUAAACACACCAAUGUUACGUUUAAGAGUAAACUAAAACAAUUCAUAUAUUUUUUAUUGUUCAAUGUCAAAUAAAUAAAAAUAUUCUAUACUA